ACGAGGCAAUAUGGCGGCGCUCAUGAGAAGUGUGUGUACAUUCCUGGAACCGACUCUGACUGUCAGGAUCAGUGGCCGAUAUGUGCGCACAGUGAGGCGCAGAUCACCUACCAUUCCGUCUUCUUUUUCUGAGGAGGCGGACUGGAUAAACUUGAAGUCAGGAGUGAAAGAUGAGCAGGUUAAAGGCGCAGAGGGACUCAAACAUGCAGGUUCUCCUUCAGCCCUGGAGUCCAUGCGGGAAGAGAACCAGAGAAAUGCGGGUCAGAAACACAAGGACACGGCGAGGAACGUUUCAGAGUCACAUCCUGAGAAAAGAACGAGUAGAAAAGCAAGUCUUGCUUGUGCUUUGGGUUCUAAACCUCCUUGUUUUCCCCAAAUGGAAGGUUUGCGGUAUGAAAAGGCGCAGCCUGAUGAUAGGAGAGUGCUACGUCUGGUGAACUUGGCUCGGUCGAAGAAGCUUCGUGAGCAGCAAGGCAAAAUCCUCCUGGAAGGAAGACGUCUCAUUUCUGAUGGGCUGGCUUCAGGGGCUUCACCGCUCACCGUCUUCUUUAGCACAGUGGAGAGACUUCAGGAGCUUCCUGUAAACAAACUCGCAAAAACCAGUUUAGUCAAGGUCAAACUGGAGGACGUCCAAAUCUGGCCUGAUCUUGACGCGGCAGUCGAUAUGAUAGCUAUCUUCAAACGUCCAGAGGUGUCCCAGAUGUCAUUUUCUGAGAAGAAAUGUGGGAAGGCAUUGCCUUUGACGCUCAUCUGUGAUAAUGUACGGGAUCCAGGCAACCUGGGUGCGACGUUACGCUGUGCCGCUGCUGCUGGAUGCCACAGUGUGCUGCUCAGUACAGGUUGUGUGGACGUCUGGGAGCCUAAGGUCCUCCGUGCUGCCAUGGGCGCCCAUUUUUGCCUUCCCAUCAUCCCGAGCCUGUCCUGGUCUGAUAUACAGACUCAUCUUCCUCCAAAUACAACUGUCCACGUGGCUGACAACUCGAGCAGCUCCAUGACCGAGCUGGAACACACAGGAACACCUCGGCGGCAAAAAAAAGCUGGAGAGUAUGGAUGGGUCAACAGCCGCCGUAUGUCCAGGAAAGCGUGUGAUGAAGAUGAGGAUGAAGACGACAAGGUGGCCCGGUCGAGGCAGGCAGGCCCAGAUUUAGAGACACAGCCUUAUCAUAUGAGUUGGACUGGUAGCCACACGGCCAUCGUGAUUGGUGGAGAGACUCACGGUUUGAGCCAGGAAGCCUUGCAGUUGGCUGAGGAAACGAGGGGGCGGAGAUUAUUGAUCCCCAUGGUGCGAGGAGUGGACAGUCUGAAUGCUGCCAUGGCUGCGAGUGUGCUGCUGUUUGAGGGAAGGAGACAACUGAAUGCCAACAGUUCAUUCACUGGGACUUACACGACAGACCACGUUUAAAAAAAAAAAAAAUGUUACUUAGCAAAGAAAACCGGGAAAUCAUUGACAUGGUGAAGUUUUCUGUAAUUGAACAUUUAUGGAAGGAGUCUCCAGUGCCAGUGCUUUGUAACAGUCAGACCUAAAGCUGGAACUUUUUACAUUUUCGUUUAUGACCUAGGGAAGUGUUCAUGAGAGUGGACUUUAUAUCUGACAACUUGUUUCACAGAUGUCUCAUGAGAUUAAAUGUAAACGGAUAAAAAGUGCAA